AUGGCCCCCCUCGUCCCCGUCUUCUCCGCCGACACGCUCCCCGACCACGUCAACACCGUGCGCCGCAAUUUCAUAGAGAAGAAGCGCAAAGGCGAACCAGUCAAUCUGAAGGAGUGCGCACUGCUAGAGAUGAUGCAGUACUCUUGCAACCCACCUUCAGAGCAGGUUCCACAACCGGGAGUGAUUGUCUGCCAGCCAGUUGUACGGCUGUUUCGUCGAUGCGCUGGUGGAUUGACGGUCGAGACUACAUCGUGGGAACCAUUGAGGGAGAUUGAAGAGGCAAAGGAGAAAAUGGCAUCAGGGUCUAAGGCAUCAUAA